AUGGACGAACAGAUAAUCUCAGCGAUUCAGAUCGCCUACGACCCCUCCGCCGACCCAGCCCUCAAACGACAGGCUUUUGACUAUGUCAACCAGCUGAGGCAAGAGCCUUCGGCAUGGCAGCCGUGUCUGGCCAUCUCCCUUCAAGUCCCUAGACAGCCCAUGGUCAUUCGAGUCUACUGCCUCGAUAUCGUCAACAAUGCAGUCCAGGGUGGCUUGGUGGAUCAACAAGGCUUAAAAACCAUCGAAGAGCAGCUCUUGACAUAUCUGCGGAAGUUCUAUGGGGCACCAGGCCAGACAGACACACCAGACCCGGGCACAAUCCUCAACAAGUUUGCUCAGACUGUGACAUUCCUAUUCACAACCUUUUACGGUUCUGGAUGGGAGACUUGCUUCGACGAUUUGCUGGCCCUGACCUCCACAGGCACCGGCCCCAAAGACAACUACCCUGGACUGGUUUUCUAUCUAACAGUCCUCAACGCUAUCCACGAUGAGAUUGGAGAUCAAUUGCUGUCCAGGUCUCGGGCUGAGCAGGACAGGGCAAAUUCAUUGAAAGAUCUGAUUCGAGCCCGAGACGUUCAAAAAAUUGCUCGGUCAUGGGAGGAGAUUCUGUCCCACUGGGGGACUUCCAACGAUGUUGUGGCCGAGUUAUGUUUGAAAGCUGUCGGGAAAUGGGUUAGCUGGAUCGAUAUAUCCUUCGUGGUGAAUCAAUCGAUGCUCGAACUCCUUUUUCAGCAGCUGGAACGAGCCCAGAAGGUCGAUCCUCGCAAGAGUGAGGAGCAAGCAAGGGACGCAGCCAUUGAUGUAUUCACAGAGACGGUCGCAAAGAAGAUGCCGUCGGCAGACAAGGUCAACAUGAUCAGUUUUCUUAAUCUCGAAACAGUCGUCUCGCGACUCGUGACUUGCCCGCCACUGAGCGACAGCAGAGCAUCAAACUACGAUGUCGAUCUCGCGGAAACAGUCGCCAAAUUGGUCAACACUACAACCAUGGAUAUUAUCAAAGUACUGGAGACGGAGACCCAGGGCUCAACGACUUGGGUCAAGGCUGAACAGCUGCUGGCUGCGUUUCUGCCACAUUUGCUUAGAUUCUUCUCCGACAUAUUCGACGAAGUCUGUUCGACGGUUCUCAACGCUAUGAACGAUGUUCUCACUUUCUUGAGACGCGCUAGCCAGGGUGAGGCCGCUUCUGCCCAAAGAGCAGCAAUGCUGUUGCCCAUCCUCAAAGCCAUAUUUUUAAAGAUGAGGUAUGAUGACACUGCCGACUGGGGCCAGGAAGACGAACAGACAGACGAAGCAGAGUUUCAGGAGUUGAGAAAACGAUUGGCGAGCUUGCAGUCGGCCAUUGCCGCCGCGGAUGAGCAGCUCUACAUUGAAGCAAUCUCCGCACUUGUUCACGAUACUUUUGAACGACUCCGAUCGGAAGGAUCACGGCUCAAUUGGCGCGACUUGGAUCUUGCAUUGCAUGAAGUCUAUCUGAUGGGGGAUUUGGCUGUAAAGGGAGGUGGGUUGUACCAGAAGAACAAGCCAAACUCACCAGCUGCCGAAAAGUUAGUUCGGAUGAUGCUGGAAAUGGUACAGUCAAACACAGGCUCCUUCGCACACCCCGCCAUCCAGCUGCAAUAUAUGGAAAUAAGCGUCAGAUACAGUUCCUUCUUCGAGAAGCAUUCAGAAUACAUUCAGCCAGUUCUGCAAAACUUCCUCGAGCUGGCCCACCACCCCAGCUUAAAAGUCAAGGCACGAGCGUGGUAUCUCAUUCAGCGUCUCAUCCGCCAACUUCGGAUCUUCGUGGGAAAUGCGGCGGAAGCGGUCGUGCAGAGCCUCCAGGAUCUCCUGGCUAUACGAGCGGAGUUACCCAGCGAAGAAGACAGAGAUGACAUGUCCUCCGACGGUGAUGCCGCCGCCGACUCUACAUUUACCAGCCAGCUGUAUCUAUUUGAAGCUGUUGGCUGCAUCUGUGGUGCAAAUACCGUCCCUACAGACAAACAGGUACAAUAUCUAUCUGUCGUCAUGCAGCCGCUCUUCGUUGAUAUCGAGCGUAACUUGGAGGCCGCUAGAUCAGGAAAUGAGCUCGCCUGUCUUCAAGUGCAUCAUGGUAUCAUGGCGCUCGGUACAAUUGCCCGCGGCUUCUCCGACUUCAACCCUGGGCUCAGCACGCAAGGAAGCGGAGUUGAGCCAUCGCCACAAGCGAAACAGGCAUUUGCACAGGUCGCCGAGGUGACUCUCCUCUCUCUGACGGCGCUUAAGUCAUCCUUCCAAAUCAGGACUGCUGCCAGGUUCGCCUUUUCACGAUUAAUCGGCAUGGUCGGUACUCAGAUGAUGCAGCAACUGCCCCAAUGGGUUGACAGUCUAUUGACUGACACUUCGACGAGAGACGAGAUGGCGUUAUUCCUGCGAUUGCUGGACCAAGUCAUUUUCGGUUUCAAGAACGACAUACAAGACUUUCUCGAUCGGCUCUUCUCAGGACUUCUUCAAAGAGUCUUUGCUGGCAUAUCUGCCGCCACCGCAGGCACGGACGAUGAGAUCGAGUUAGCAGAGCUGAAGAGAGAGUAUCUAAAUUUCCUCAUGGUGAUCCUCGGGAAUGACCUCGGUGCGAUCCUAGUCAGCGCCAGAAACCAGCCGAUCUUUGAAUCAGUGAUCGCCUCCAUUGAGCACCUCGCGAGAGACGUGGAAGACUUCCCCACUGCCAAGAUGGCGUUUUUGCUGCUUUCGAGGAUGUGCACAGUAUGGGGAGGACCUGAUGUUGUUUCUGCAACAGGUCAGGUGAACAACAAUGUGCCUGGCCCGCAGCCUGCCCUUCCUGGAUUUGAUCAGUUCAUGAUCACCCGAUUCUCGCCACUCUGCUGGGCUCUGCCCACUAACCCUUCGUUUAAUAGCAAGGAUGCACAGGCGCGGCAAGCUCUUUCCGAGGCCGCGGGUCUUCAGAAGACCAUCUACACAAAAACAGGUCAGCAGUACCUGACGUGGUUGCAAGAAAAGGAGUUGAGAUCCAUGGGCAUGAAUGAUACCUUGAUCAACGAGUAUUUGCAGAAAUUGGCGGCCAUGGAGCCAAAGGCGUUCAAAGUCUUUUUUGCCAAGUUAAUCGCACAAGGUGGCCAGAUGUGA